AUGGAAGGGCAAGUGCAGGUCGUGAGGUCCAAAAAGAACACGCCACAGCCCCACUGGCAUCAGCCCGCCGAUGGCGUCGACAAGGGAUUGCAAGUAUUGAACAGCCUGAAGGUGGACGCCAAGUCGAACGUCCUGGUGCCGUUCCGCCCGCAACACGGGAACCUCAUCAAGUGGUACAUCUGCGGCCCGACUGUGUACGACUCGGCCCACUUUGGCCACGCCAGGAACUAUGUCACGUUCGACGUCAUCAGGCGCAUCCUCGAGGACUACUUCAACUACGACGUGUAUGCGGUGAUGAACAUCACCGACGUCGACGACAAGAUCAUCCUCCGAGCGCGCAAGAACCACCUCCUGAAGCUGUACGAGGAGGCGCACGCCACCCUCACCGCGCAGGUGUUUGAGGACAUCGCCGAGGGCUUCGGCGACUACAAGAAGGACCUCGAGAAGAAGAUCCAGGAGCUCGAGGUCGAGAUCGCGCAGCUCGUGGCCCGGAAGAAGAAGAAUAAGACCUUCGAGAAGGAGGCCGAGAAGAAGCUGCUCGCCGACAAGCUCGCCCUCGUGCCCGAGGCUGAGGCCGCCGUGGCCAAGCUGCGCGAGCGCGUGGCGGCCGGCGACGACAAGGUGCCGAGCGCGCUGGCCUUUGCCGAGGUGGGCAGCGUGCGCGACGUGGUGGCCGACCUGCUCGACAAGCGCGACGGCCACUCGAUCACCGACGAGCGCAUCUUCCGCGCGCACGCCGCGCGGUACGAGGAGGAGUUCCUGGAGGACAUGAAGGAGCUGGGCGUGCGCGUGCCCGACGUCAUGACCCGCGUGACCGAGUUCAUUCCGGAGAUUGUCACCUACGUGCAGCAGAUCGAGGCCAACGGCCUGGCCUACGAGUCCAACGGCUCGGUCUACUUCCACACCGAGGCCUUUGCGCAGCGGGGCCACGCCUACGGCAAGCUCGAGCCGUGGUCGGUGGGCGACGGCAAGCUGCUCAAGUCCGGCGAGGGCGCGCUGUCGGACAAGAAGGGCGACAAGAAGGCGUCGGAGAACGACUUUGCCCUGUGGAAGCAGUCCAAGCCGGGCGAGCCCUCGUGGGACUCGCCUUGGGGCCGCGGCCGCCCCGGCUGGCACAUCGAGUGCUCGGCCAUGGCGUCGGACCUGUUCGGCGAUAACAUGGACAUCCACUCGGGCGGCUCCGACCUCCGCUUCCCGCACCACGACAACGAGCUCGCCCAGGCCGAGGCCCACUACGGCUGCAAGCAGUGGGUCAACUACUUCCUCCACUCCGGACACCUCCACAUCGACGGCCUCAAGAUGUCCAAGUCCCUCAAGAACUUCAUCACCAUCCGCGAGGCCCUCCAGACCUGCUCCCCUCGCCAGAUGCGCCUCUACUUCGUGGGCACGUCGUGGUGGAGCGUGAUGGACUUUGACCGGAAGGACGGCAUGAACGAGAUCAUGAACCGAGAGAAGACCCUCCUCCGCUUCUUCGAGAACGUCCACCAGAUCUUCCUCGACGAACAGAGCACCGGCAAGGUGGGCAACUCCGCGCAGAAGUGGAGCAACGACGAGAAGGAGCUGCACGCCAAGUUCCUCAAGGCGCAGGAGGCCGUCCACGCGGCGUUCUGCAACAACUUUGACACGCCCGAGGUGCUCCAGCAGCUGUUCAACGUGGUGCACGCCGCCAACGCCUACAUCAACAGCCGCAAGGCCAAGGAGGACCAGCAGCCGCCCAAGGCCCUCCUCCUCAACAAGCUCGCCUCCUACGUGGCCCACAUCCUCGGCGUCAUGGGCAUCGAGUUCCCCGAGCACGGCUACGGCGGCUCUUCGUCGGCCGCGGCCGCGGCGUCGUCGACCGGCAGCAAGGAGGUGCUCGACGUGCUCGCCACCCUGCGCAAGGACGUGCGCACGGCGGCCAAGGAGAAGAAGCCCCACGCCGAGUUCCUCCUCAUGACCGACCGGCUGCGCGACGAGGUGAUGCCCGACCUGGGCGUGCGCCUGGAGGACGACGGGCUCAACCUGUGGACCGCCGUCGCGCCCGAGGUGCUCAAGAAGGAGAUCGCCGACAAGAAGCGCAAUGCAGUCAAGGCUGUGGUGGACAAGAAGACGAGGCGGCGAGUGGUGUUGGUGCGAGAUCUGAAGAACUUUGAGGAUGCCAGCCGACCGCCGACGGAGCUGUUUGGCGAGGGGCUCUACUCGCAGUUCGACGCGCAGGGCGUGCCCACCCACGGCGCCGAGGGCAAGGAGCUGAGCAAGAGCGCCAAGAGCAAGCUGAGCAAGGAGUUCCAAAAGCGACAGAAGGACCACGCCAAGCUCCAAGGCCAGCUCCAGGCCGAUCCCCAGUUCCUGGUCAAGCUCAAGCAGGAGCUCGACGAGAUCGACACCUUCCUCGCCCAGCAGGCCGCCCAGUAG